UUGACCGGAUGACUGGCUUCGGUAGGUAGUUCACUUACAAAUCAUUUUGAACCUCAGAGCUGUGAAUCGAUAUGUUUUUUCUCCUUCUUCUUGUACUUCUUUCUUUAUCCUAGCUAUUCUGUACAAUGAGAGCAGCUUGUUCCGUGGGUUAUUCUCUAGCUCGCUUUCAGAAUUGUGUUACGGACCUUUUAUUGGCACAAACGACGAACUUUCAACAAGACUGAUAAGUCAAACCGCUAAGGUUCAAAAACCAGUAUCGGAAUUGUUAACUCUCUAUGUAUAAAAGAUAUUUCAUUCUAUCAACAACUCCGACAUAAUCUAGACAUGCAAACUAAUAUCCUUCGUUUGCAUACGUUGUCAUCAUGGACGAGGAUCCCCGCGACGUUGAGCUUUCAACGAUAACAGCUAUAUAUCCCGAGCUUCAACUUGAUGAGAAUGACCCGCACAAAUUGUCUAUCGAGCUCCCAGUGAGCUUGCCAAAGCCAGUCACCGUUUUAUUUCCGGCAGCAACGGAGGUGGCACCUCCUUUUACAUCGCCACAACAGGCCGAUCUGACUACUUCAGCGGUAGCUGAAAAUGAUUCGCAUGCUCUAUCGAAUCUGCCCGCUUUGCAAGUCGAGAUCAGCUUGCCCGAGGAAUAUCCUCAAUAUAAACCACCAGAAGUUUCAAUAUCAACCUCUCCUCCAUGGCUAUCUAAUGCUACAUUAAGAAAGCUCGAAAUGGAUAUCAUUGAUUUGUGGGAAGAAAUCGGUCGUGAUCAAGUCAUAUUUACUUACAUCGACCAUAUCCAGCGAAGCAGUGAAGAUGUGUUCGGCCUAGUCGAUGGCAAGGGGACCCUCAAGGUUAUCCCGGAUCAUAAAAUCGCUUUAUUGGAUUAUGAUAUUAACGCUAAGCGCAAAGCCUUUGAGAAGGAAAGCUUCGAAUGCGGCAUAUGUCUAGAUCCAAAAAAGGGCACUGUCUGCCACCAAAUGGUAGAUUGCGGGCAUGUUUUCUGUACUGAAUGCUUGAAAGACUUUUACAAUAAUGCCAUCACGGAAGGUAAUGUUGCUGCAGUUACAUGCCUCGCACCCAACUGCGUAAGGGACCGUGAGAAGUAUGCCGCAAAGGAACUAUCUUCAAAACCGCGGAAAGUCAAGACCUCCAUCAGCCCGAGCGAGCUGUUGCAAAUACCCCUAGCGGAGGACACAGUCAAACGUUACGUUAUGCUCAAGCAUAAAAACAAAUUGGAGUCGGACAAAAACACUAUUUAUUGUCCGCGUUCGUGGUGUCAAGGUGCAGCCCGUUCAAAAAAACACAAGAAACCCGAGGGCCUCGAACUGAUCGAAUCUGAGGACGAGAAUGAGGAGGAUAAUACAGGCCUACUAGCUAUUUGUGAAGACUGUAGCUUCGCGUUUUGCAGCCGUUGCGCCCAAGGUUGGCACGGCGAGUUCAGCUACUGUAUACCGAAGGAGCGAAAAGAAGCAGUUGUAGCAGAGGAGAAAGCUACCCUUGAGUAUCUUCUAUUACAUUCAACCGCUUGCCCCACAUGUGCAGCUCCUUGUCAAAAGUCCCACGGCUGCAAUCACAUGCAAUGCUUUAGGUGCCGAACACAUUUUUGCUAUCUAUGCUCAGCUUGGCUGGAUCCUUCGAACCCGUACAAGCAUUUCAACACGCCUCCUUCCGACAGUCAAAGCAGCUGCUAUAUGAGACUCUGGGAGUUAGAAGGUGGUGAUGGCAACGACGUUGGCAUCGGGUAUGAAGGCGGCGAUGCCAUGCGCAACGCUAAUGUUCCUGCCGGCCAGUACGGCGAACAUCUAGAGAUUGUUUUGCCACGCCAUGGGCAACAAGAAAACCAAGCAGCUCAAAUUGCCCCGGUGCCUCAGCCUGCACAGCAACCGGCCCAGCCAGUUCGUCCUGCUGUUGCUCGCGAAGGUCCGCUUGUUCUUCGUAUCAACGGCAAUGCCCCUGUCAUACCAGCAAGGGGGGAAGCAAAUGCCGGCGAAGCCGCUGUCGCUAAUCCUCUCAUUGCCAACCCAAGAGGUAAUGCAGGUCAUCGAGCUGAUCGAAGGGGUGGUGCCAGGGUUCGGCGAGUUCAAGAACAGCGAGUAGCACCCCGUGUAUAUGACAACGGCGCAGAGUUGUUACCCCAUCGUCAGUGAACCCCCUAUGUGUUCUUCUUUUUCACAUUCUCUCUCUGGUUACACAAUAUAAUUUCAAAUGUAAUUCAUGCUAUAGAAGCAUUGGGUGAACCUUCAGCGCCUCCUCUUUUAGACAAAUUCUAUUUCAUUUUUUAUUACUGACUUCAAA